AUGCCAGACAAUACAGUUGCCCAAUACCAGGAGCAGCAGGUGAAAAAAUUGAAAAGGUUCUUGGAAGGUUGGCGAAUGGCUGUUAUUCCAUUAAAGUCCAUAAUUUUGUGGGAACAACAAUGGCAUCCUUGUGCUAUAGUUGGAUCUGUUUCUUUUCUAUACUUUCUUAUUUGGCUGAUGGACCUAAACUCUCUUGCAACAUUCGCCGUUGUUGGCUUAUUCCUGAAUUUUGUGGACUUCAUAGUACCUGUGGUCUGUAAUUCACUCUAUGGAUCAACUUCUUGGACAGGACAACACGAGAAAAUGUAUGAAGAUAUUUGCAAAAGCAUUGUAGCGAACUACAAUAAAGGCUUGCAUAAUAUCCAACAAUUCUAUUCAUUGAGGGAAACCAGCCCAUGCAUGUACUACAUACUGUCCAUCAGCUUGCUGGUGACAUUUGCAUGGGUUGCAUCAUCCAUAAACAACAUAUUCCUGUUAUACAUGGUGUCUACUGCCAUGUUGUUGUGGCCCGGAGUGCGGAACAGAGGCAUUUUUAACACCCUCUUGUCAAUGGUCAACAUGGGACCAAAAACUAUUAAAUCUGAAUAA